AUAUACAUGUACAAUUUGUACUUUUAAUGUACCCACAAUUCGAGUUGUUCAACUUUCAAACCCAAUACGGCCGUCUAGUUGUAAACUGAAGUACAGAUUCUGUACUUUAUCAAAAUCUUAUCGCAAUCAUCACCUCAAACAACUCACGCUUGUUUGAUUAACUCAUUAUCGCAAAUUAAUCUGACUUUUAGAGCCAGCGCCUAAUAUUAUUUCUGUUCGUCUUUUUCCUACUUAUAUGCGUGUUUAUUAACGAACUGUUUGAAAUUUUAAUUUAUUGGCUUGUUUUUCUUUUUUUUUUUUACGACGACUGAAGUACCUCUCGACCUGAUAAUAGAUACACAGACGUACUUAUAAAAAUGAACAUUACGGUUUACGUAAAUUCUUGUUUGUUUGCUAAAACAUCGAAUAAUUUAUUAAGAUUUUUCAGUAAGGCACAGUACAAUCGGCAGAGCAUUAAUAUUAAAAAAAGCGUUUUUAAUUUUUCGUCUGUAAGAAAGUUGAGCACGAGCAAGAGGGUGAAUAUGCGGUUUGUGCAGUUUAAAGUUAACAGUGGACAACCCCAACUCGGGGUUCAAGUUACUCACGAUGGCGAUAUUAUCGAUGUUAGUGGAGUUGAUUCAAGUAUCCCGAAUUCUUUUGUGGAAUUUUUGAAUCAGGGGGAUGAAGCACUCGAAAAAGCAAAAAGAAUAGUAGCUCAGGGUAAAUCAGUUAUACCCUUGACGAGCGCCACUCUUUUAGCUCCAAUUACUAAACCGGAUAAAGUAGCUUGUGUUGGAUUAAACUACAAAGGUCAUUGCGAUGAACAGAACUUAAAAUAUCCAACGGAGCCGAUGAUUUUUAGCAAAUUUUCAUCGGUUAUUGUAGGUCCUUACGACAACGUACAAUUACCAUCAAUAAGCAAUAUGGUAGAUUGGGAAGCAGAAUUGGCCGUAGUAAUAGGAAAAAAAGCAAAAGGUGUUAGACCAGAUCAAGCAAAAGAUUAUAUUUUUGGAUACACAGUUGCCCAAGACAUUAGUGCUCGCGACUGGCAAAAAGAAAGAAAUAAUGGACAGUUUUUAUUAGGAAAAUCAAUGGACACAUUUUGUCCGAUAGGGCCUGCAGUUGUUGCUAAAGAAUAUAUAUCGGAUGUUAACAAUUUAGAUAUUAAAACCUGGAUUAAUGGGAAGCUAAUGCAAGAUGGUAACACAUCCGAAUUAAUUUUUAAAAUCGACUAUUUGGUUUCGUAUUUAUCUCAGUAAGUAUAUACGAAAAUGUC